CGCCGGGUUUGAAUUUCAAGCUAAGCUCCACACGCACACACGCAACACAAACACACGGCGACUACCUCGGAGGCUUACCGCUCAAGUCAACGGUCACCUAGCUUAGCUGCGCGGAAGCGGAGACGUUUCAAUGGCGGCGCCUCGCGCACGGACUCGGGAGUGGUGGAGAAGCACGCAGGCAGCUCCUCCAUUUUAGCUCCCCGUGAAAAACAAUAACAGCUAGCUAGCCGAGCUAACGCUAGCUUAGCCGACAAAACGCGCGUCCAAAAGCGACGUCGGUGUAUCGACCGCGUCUAUAAACACUCAAACCUCUCAACGACAUCGCCUGUACAACCUUAUGUUUUAUUUUUCAGCUUACCGGGGCUAUAAGUCCAGUCCAACAGCAAUGGUGUUCAUGUUCCCUCCUCAAGUCUUCUUUUAAAGCGCACACGACUGCGCAUGCGCUAUGCGUUGGCUGGCCAUGUCUGUUUAGGUUUCCAUGAGUACGCUUCACUGAAAACAAUGAGGAAUAAUGCUGCAAUAUGACAAGGAAAACCUGCAAUAGUAAUAAAGUGCUAAUUAAAUAUCGACUCGUCUGUGUAUGGCAUUCAUUUUCAUUGUAACAAGACAAAAUUGUACAAAUUUUAAAAACGUACUCUCUGUAAAUGUGUAUUCCAAAAUACUUAUUUUUUGUAUUCUAAAAAAUAUACGUCGUGAUAUUUAAUAUAUAAUACGUAAAACGUGAGGUGACAAAGCUGCUAUACGCUCCAAACCACCAGGGGGCGGCGUCCCCAACAUGGCCGACUUAAACUACCAAACAAACUGAAACAGCAGCACGGAAGUAGCCAAACCUCUCCAGCUAGAAAUAAUCUUAAAAUUGAAAAAAAUGUAAUGAGACUUUAACUUGGUACUGAAGUCAACUGUAACUAUAUCAGUUAGCUUUGUAGAUUGUUUGUCGGUGAGAGGGAAAGUGCUGAGCUGUACACGGACGUAAACGCGUUAGCUUAGCUUCGCUAGGAGCACCAAAACAAAUCCACAUUUUGGUGCUUUAUUCUUCUUUCAAUUGUCGCGACGUAAAAGUAAAGGCGGAAUGCAUCGUAGGGGCGUCGGUGCGGGUGCUAUCGCCAAAAAGAAGCUAGCAGAGGCUAAAUACAAAGAAAGAGGAAACGUUCUCGCGGAGGAUCAAAUAGUUCAGAUGUCCAAGCAGCUGGACACCUUCAAGUCCAACCUGGAGGAGUUUGCCAGCAAGCACAAACAGGAAAUCCGCAAGAACUCCCAGUUCCGGGUCCAGUUCCAGGAGAUGUGUGCCACCAUCGGAGUGGACCCGCUUGCCUCUGGCAAAGGUUUCUGGUCGGAGAUGCUGGGGGUGGGUGACUUCUACUACGAGCUCGGUGUCCAAAUUAUCGAGGUUUGCUUGGCGCUGAAGCACAGGAACGGAGGGCUCAUCACUUUGGAUGAACUCCAUCACCGGGUCCUGAAAGGACGCGGCAAAUACGCCCAGGAUGUGAGCCAGGACGACUUGGUGAGAGCCAUCAAGAAACUGAAAGUCAUGGGCAGCGGCUUCGGGAUGAUUCCGGUGGGCGGCUCCUACUUGGUGCAGUCGGUGCCGGCAGAACUCAACAUGGACCACACGGUGGUUCUGCAGCUGGCCGAGAAGAAAGGCUACGUGACCGUGAGCGAGAUCAAGAACAACCUCAAGUGGGAGAAGGAACGAGCGUGUCACGUCCUGGACCACCUGCUGAAAGAAGGCCUGGCCUGGCUGGACUCGCAGGCGUCUGGCGAGCCGCAGUACUGGCUACCGGCUCUCUUUUCCGAGCUGACGUCCCGUGAUGUCACACCCGAGGAGGCCAAUCAGAUGAGCCCGUGAUCCUGGAAAUACAAAUGACUGACAAGUUCUGAAAGAACUGUUUUUUUUUUAUUCUUCUGUCCACAGGUGAAUCUCAGCACAAUUCAAAAUAUGUUGGAUUCCAUGAAGACUGUUUAGGCCACGCCUACCAAUAAAUGAUCUCAGGUGUUUGAGACCAAAAGGACAAAUUUCCUAACAGUUUUUUGGAGUUGAAGCGUCCCAGUCACAUCUCGUGGCUGUACACGUGGUCCUCAAACACGGACUGCGCCAUGUUGUCGCAGAUGAGCGUGCAGAAGGGACACACUUGGUGGCUGCGCUCGUGUUGCUCCACCUCCACCCGCGUCAUUCCGGGGAAGCUCUCCAGGCAGUGACGGCACGACAGCGUCGGCUGCGGACCAAGCAGACGCGUCAACGAGGCGGCAACGCAAUUAACCUUCACAUGCUCGGCGCUACGCCACACCAACGCCUCACUCAUACGCUUUGCUACCUUUGCUGAUAUUCUUCUAGCUACGUUUGUUGACGUUCUUUUAGCUAGGUUUGAUGAUAUUCUUCUAGCUAGCUAUGUUUGUUGACGUUCUUUUGGCUAGGUUUGCUGAUAUUCUUCUAGCUAGCUAUUUUUGUUGAUGUUCUUUUGGCUAGGUUUGCUGAUAUUCUUCUAGCUAGCUAUGUUUGUUGACAUUCUUUUGGCUAGGUUUGCUGAUAUUCUUCUAGCGAUGUUUGUUGACGUUCUUUUGGCUAGGUUUGCUGAUAUUCUUCUAGCUAUGUUUGUUGACGUUCUUUUGGCUAGGUUUGCUGAUAUUCUUCUAGCUAGCUAUGUUUGUUGACGUUCUUUUGGCUAGGUUUGCUGAUAUUCUUCUAGCUAGCUAUGUUCAGCGUCGGCUGCGGACCAAGCAGACGCGUCAACGAGGCGGCGACGCAAUUACCUUCACAUGCUCGCCGCUACGCCACACCAACACCUCACUCAUACGCUUGGCUACAUUUGCCGAUAUUUUUCUAGCUACAUUUGUUGAUGUUCUUGACUGGGUUUGCUGAUAUUCCUGCUACAUUUGCUGAUAUUCUUCUAGCUACAUUCGCUGAUGCUCUUGGCUAGGUUUGCCGAUAUUCUUCUAGCUACAUCCGCCGAUCUCUUUUGGCUACGUUUGCUGAUAUUCUUCUAGCUGCAUUUGUUGAUGUUCUUUUGGCUAGGUUUGCUGAUAUUCUUCUAGCUACAUUUGCUGAUACUCUUUUGGCUAGGUUUGCUGAUAUUCUUCUAGCUAGCUAUGUUUGUUGAUGUUCUUUUGGCUAGGUUUGCUGAUAUUCUUCUAGCUAGCUAUGUUUGUUGACGUUCUUUUGGCUAGGUUUGCUGAUAUUCUUCUAGCUAGCUAUGUUUGUUGAUGUUCUUUUGGCUAGGUUUGCUGAUAUUCUUCUAGCUAGCUAUGUUUGUUGAUGUUCUUUUGGCUACAUUUGCCGAUAUUUUUCUAGCUACAUUUGUUGAUGUUCUUGACUGGGUUUGCUGAUAUUCCUGCUACAUUUGCUGAUGUUCUUCUAGCUACAUUCGCUGAUGCUCUUGGCUAGGUUUGCCGAUAUUCUUCUAGCUACGUUUGUUGAUGUUCUUGACUGGGUUUGCUGAUAUUCCUGCUACAUUUGCUGAUGUUCUUUCGGCUAGGUUUGCUGAUGUUCUUCUAGCUAUGUUUGUUGAUGUUCUUUUGGCUACAUUUGCUGAUAUUCUUCUAGCUACAUUCGCUGAUGCUCUUGGCUAGGUUUGCUGAUAUUCUUCUAGCUACAUUUGCUGAUUCUCUUUUGGCUACGUUUGCUGAUAUUCUUCCAGCUUCGUUUUUUUGACACUCUUGGCUAGGUUUGCUGAUAUUCUUCUAGCUAUGUUUGUUGUUGUUGUUUUGGCUAGGUUUGCUGAUAUUCUUCUAACUAUGUUUGUCGUUGUUUUGGCUAGGUUUGCUGAUAUUCUUCUAGCUACAUUCGCUGAUACUCUUUUGGCUAGGUUUGCUGAUAUUCUUCUAGCUACAUUUGCUGAUACUCUUUUGGCUAGGUUUGCUGAUAUUCUUCUAGCUAUGUUUGUUGAUGUUCUUGGCUAGGUUUGCUGAUAUUCUAGCUACGUUCGUUGAUGCUCUUUUGGCUAGGUUUGCUGAUAUUCUUCUAGCUACAUUUGCUGAUGCUCUUUUGGCCAAGUUUGCUAAUAUUCUUCUAGCUCUGCUCACUGAUGCUCUUGGCUAGGUUUGGGGUUAUUCUAGCCACAUUCACUGAUGCUCUUUUGGCGAUGUUAGCUGAUAUUCUUCUUGCUAUGUUUGUUGAUACUCUUGGCUAGGUUUGCUGAUAUUCUUUUAGCUACAUUUGCUGAUGCUCUUUUGGCCAAGUUUGCUAAUAUUCUUCUAGCGCUACUCACUGAUACUCUUGGCUGCGUUUGGGGAUUAUCUUUACUCUUCUGGUUGGGUUUGCUGAUAUUUUAGCUACAUUCAAUGACACUCAUUUGCUACUCUUUUGGCUACGUUUGCUGAUACUCUUUUAGCUGCUUAUGUUCUGAUACCUUGCUACAUGGGGAUGUAUGGGAUGUUUGAUAUAUGUGUAAUACGCUGACAUGGAAGCUGACAGAUGCUGGAUUAGUUGUACCUAAUGGAGGUGGCUAACGAGUCUAUAGGGAUGCUAACACAUUAUUAUUAUUAUUAUUAUUUUUGAUUACAUCAAGCGAUGUUUGCGUACCUGAUCUUGGUCGUCGUCUUCGGCGAUGCUCACUGCCAAGAAAGAGCAGAGGCAGGCGUCGGCACCGAGGAGUAGACAUCAAUCAUCCUGGCCCGCGUCACUCACCUACUGGGAUGUUGUCAUACAAGGGCUCCUGCGUCUCUGCGGCGUCAGACUGGGUGAGUCCACCGGGGGGCGCCGUGGCCUCGGGGUGCUCGGCGUGGCUGGGCGGGGCCUUUCGGAGCUCCUCCAACAUCCUGCGCAGCUCCUCCACGUCAUUUCUGAGGUUCUGACACACACGAGACGGCGUUAGUUGACAUUAUCGGCGCCGAGGAUGAAGGUCUCCACGCCAUACUCGGUUCUCUUGAGCCAGCUCGUCGUUGUGGAGUUUCAUCAUCAACAUCAAGCGCUCCUUCUCCUCCAUCAUGAUCUCCUUAUCUGCAAUCACCGCCUGAGCUUCUCGUAGUCGCAGCUGGGGGAGCACAAAAGAACUGAAAGUGGGUUCUUGGGUCUCCUCGCGGGAACAAACACGGAGGAUGCUACCUCUGAUUGGAGUAAAUGCUCAUCAUCAUCAUCAUCUGAGCUUUGUGUGCUCUCAGCAGGGUUCUCUUGUUGGACCAACAUCUCCUGCUGCAGGACAAAAGGCGACUGCCGUGAGCUCCACGUGAAGACCAAUUCAAAAGAAACAAAGAAGAUCCCAACCUUUAAUUUGUCAAUUUCCUGAAGUUGCUGCCGCAGGAUGUCUUCCAAACGUUCCUUCUGAUCCUUCAUCUCGGAAAGCUCUCCAGCCAGCUCAGACAUCUCCUUCCUCUGCUGCCGCUUCUGCUCCGUCAAAACGCCCACUUGCCGUCUCUCCUCCCGCAGAGCUUCCUGCAACGCUUCAUUCUUCUCUUGGAGACGAUCCCCCGCCUCCCUCAGCGUCGCUUUCUCUCGAAGACUCAGGUCCACCUGGUCCUGCUCCGACCACCACGACAUCUCAUCUGAACAACUAGCUCACACCAGAGAACCUCCUACAACUUUGCUUUUUUAUUUAUAUUUAUUUCUUUUUACUCUCCUUGCCUGUUUUUGUUCUUUACUUGUAUUUUUAA